GCGAUCGUGUAUGCAGCUGCAGGCAGGGAUGCCUUCCCCAACAGCAGCAGCAGAGACAGAAGGAGCAGAGGAGGUCCAGGGUCACGUACAAUAAACUCUACACACAGCAGACACUGUGUGAGUGAGAGCUGGUAAGAAGAAAAGACAAGGUGAAGUGAAAAGUACUCCCCCAUGGCAGACCAGGUGUUGCUGUUGGCUGCUGGUCUGUCUGUGGGUCUCCUGUUGCUGCUGCUGCUCGGUCUGAUGAUGUACUGUCUGUGGAGGAAGAAGAAAGGCCAGAGACGAUACCAGGAGCUGCUCUCCACGGUGCCGUCAGUGCCGGUGUGCUCCGCUCCAGUGAUCCCGGUCUCUCUGGGCUCCUGGGCCAUGUCCAGUGAGAUCCCUUUCACCUUGCCUCCUCGCUUCAUGACCAGAAACCAUGUUGAUCUUAACAAUGAUGAGACAGAGGAGAUGAAGAUGGAGGCCCGGAGGGACAUACUAGCCCAUCGUGGGUCACUCUCAGUAAGGAGCUGGUACCCUGUUGGGACAGUGCUGGCAGGUCUCUACUCUGCUCCCCCUCUGAAUGAGGUGGUAGCCCCCCCUCCUGGCAUGGCCACCCGUCUCUGCUUCUCAGUGGAGUAUCGCCACAGCAGUGAACAGCUCAUAGUCUCCCUGCUCCGCCUCGCCAACCUCCCUCCACAGUUCCACGGCAAUGUCACGCUGGUGCAGCUCCAGCUUCUCCCAGAUGACCGGCGGCCCCGCCAGACCAAGGCCCGAGGCACAGGGCCCGAUCCGGAGUUCAGCGACUGCUUUGUUUUCCAGGUGUCAGGAGUGUGUGUGCCUCACAGCACCCUGAGUGUGUGUGUGCUGAGUGUGGAGCAAGAUGGUAAACGCCGUGCUGUGGGCAGGGUGCUUUUUCCUUUGGAGAGGGAGCUGGGCCAGGCCGGCAGGGUGCUCUGGAGAGACCUGGAGCCAGAGGACAACAUGCAGUGCUCAGAGCUGGGUGAUGUGCAGAUAUGUCUCAGCUACAGCCCGUCUCUGCAGCGCCUCUCUGUGGUGGUUUUGAGGGCUCGAGGCCUACAACUGCUCACAGACAAAGGUGUGUGUGUCCAGGUGAGCUUACAGAUACUCACUCAGGUGGUGAAGCUCAAGCGCAGCUGUGUGGUGAAAGGUGAAAAGAACCCAUACUUCAACCACAGGAUGACAUUUAAACUCCGUUCACAGCACCUGGACGAGGCCUGUCUGAAGUUUGAACUGCAGCAGCCAAACAAUGUCCGCUCAGAGCCUCCAGUCCUACUGGGAGUGCUGGUGUUAGGGCCCUUCAUGUAUGCCAGAGGCCCUCAGAUGCAGCACUGGAUGGACAUGGUCAACACUCCACAGGAGCCAGUGAAGCUGUGGCAUGGACUGGGCAGAGCAAUUUAAGCAACCAAACAGAUCCACAGACACACAUGUGCACGUACAUACACACGGAGUCUGAAAUAAUAAAAUAAAAGUACCAAUAAAUAUGUUCUUCAUUUGUAAAUGUGAUGACAGAUUAUCCUACUACAGCAAACACCCAAGGCCAGUAAAGGAACUGAAUCAGUCAUUUAUGCAUUUUACAAACAAGAACAAUAAUUAAAGUCACUUUUUGCUCCUUUGAGAAUCUAAUUCAAAAAUGUAACCUGAGGAGGCAGAAACCUCAUAUACACAGUUGAUUAAAACAUGCGAUCAAAGGGAAAACAAAACAUGCUACUAAUGUGGUGAUAAGAGCACGAGUAUAGUAUCACUGAUAGCCAUAGCAGCGGUUAAAGUGUAUGCUUAUGACCUCACCGGCUGAAUAUCUCUAAGAACUGUAAGUAGCUCUACAAAAGUUCUCUCCUGUAAAUGCCUCAGAUUCUUUAAUUUGACCAUUAGAAGCAUGACAAGGUAAAUUUAUCACUUUUACAGAAAAAAAGCAAAGACUGUAUAUACACACACACACACACACACACAUAUUUGGACAUGCCCCAGUAGAUAUGCAUAAUAAAAUUAGAAGUGGCUAAACUCAGGGUCUUGAUAUUGUGCUCACACUGUAAUGACCCAAACAAAACCAAGCCAUUGUAAUGAUUUUAACAACACCUGUGAUUUUCCUACUUAGGCUUACUGUAUAUAUUUUUUUCCCGACUAGUCUUUGGUAACACUAUUUGGCAUUCAUAAAUGCUCAGUGAAUGUUUUGGUGCUUUUUCCAUUUAUUUUUGGGUGUGUGGCAUCUUCUACGCAUAACACACAUUAUACAUACAGGAAAAAUACCUUUUCAAAAUAUUACCUUCUGAUAAAAUUUUGUUCAACAUAAGGGUAUGUUUACUGAAUCGUUAUUGUGACAAUUAACUUGGAAUCCAGGGGCGCGUCAGUUGUAAAACGCCUUGAGGCGAUUUCCAUCUGCUAAUUAAAAGUGUGUCUAGAUGAGAGGUGUGUUUGUAAUUGCAUGUGAUUUUUACUUUGUGUGUGCACGGCAGAUAUUUCAACGCUGGAGCCAGAGAAAGAGUUCGGCCUGGCGCCCCCUAACGGGAACAGCCGAAAGUGGAACAAGUAGUAGGCCGAUCUGAUCCACACUCCAGUCUAGAAGGUGGCGGUAAUGCAGCUAAAUGCUGUUUGCCAACCGCCAUUAAAUAACAGACGAAGAAGAAAGUUUGCAACCCCCCCAGUGCGCAUGUGCAGUGGGCCCCAGAACGCGGAAGCAACCCCGGCGGGCGACAUUCACUGGUUAAAAUAAAUAGAAUAAACGUUCCCACAAUACAGGCAUUGAAAAAUCGUCUGCCUUUUUCCCUUAAUACAUCCGUGGGAAGAAUGGUCUCCAUCUUGUGAUUCAGUAUCCAGCUCUUAGAAUAUAUUAAUGGGACAUAAAGGGUUGAAUUUAGUUUAUUGUUAUAAUCGGCCCUAUUGGUGUUUGUGUCUGGGUUGGCACCAUGAGGAUAAACGAGAACACGCUACUGGAGGGAAAAAAAGCUGUGUUAGUUCCUUACAAUGCAAACCACGUGCCCAGGUAACGUUAACAUUAACAUCUGAUCAGUCUUGUUAUAAACGCGAAGCCUUCACCGUGCAGCCUCCGUCUGUAGGGCCCAAUGUGUAGGCUGGUUAUUCUCUCUGUUUGUCUUUUAUUUUCCUCUGCUGAUAUCUUUAGUGAUGAGUGUUUGAAUGGCCUUUCUUUACUAUCACUAUCACUAAACAUGUUGGAUUGGUUUUUAUUUUGACUUCUAAAUAAGUCUAGCUAAUAAUAAUGUUGAGAAAAUCUCAUCACAGGUUCCAUAUAGUAGCUUUUCUGGAGCUUUCGAUCAUAUCAUACAGUCUCAUUUGUCAUGGAGCAUUUGAAAGCUUUUUGUCCAUGCUGGCACAAGGUGAAGAAAUAACUUAGGACAGAUGACACAUCUGACCCAGCUGUCAAUACAA